UCCCAGUGACUUAAUGACAGCGCUGCUGGCUGGCGACCGCCGAUGAGGUCCACCAGCAUGGGUACCGGGGAUUACCUCUGCAUUACGGUGCGCGGUGGCGCGCCCUGGGGCUUCGGUCUGAGGCAGGGCGAUGAGUUACACCAUCCUCUGCUCGUCUGCCAGGUGGACACUAGGGGGCGUGGUGCCCUGGCGGGACUGCGUGAGGGGGACGAGGUGGUGUCCCUGAACGGGGAGCCCUGCGCUGACCUCACCCUCCCGGAGAGCAUCGACCUCAUGGAGUCCUCCGACAGCCUGCAGCUGCUCGUCAAACGGUGCGGCGUUCCCCAGCUCCUUGCCCCGGACUCAGAGAGGGAAGGUUUCGGGGAGGCUGAGCCCGAUGGGGAGGGCCUGGAGAGCACCACGCUGGAGGUCUGGUCCGCUGGAGGGUCCCGGGCCCGCGAGGGGGGGCUGGAGGCCUGCGAGUCGUCCCAGGACGAGGCGUACUACGGGGAGACGGAGAGCGACGGCGAGCCGCGGGCUGCCCGCUCCGCGCUGGAGACUUCCUGCGCCCGCUCCACGCUGGAGACUUCCUGUGCCCGCUCCGCGCUGGAGACUUCCUGUGCCCGCUCCGCGCUGGAGACUUCCUGCGCCCGCUCCGCGCUGGAGACUUCCUGCGCCCGCUCCACGCUGGAGACUUCCUGUGCCCGCUCCGCGCUGGAGACUUCCUGCGCCCGCUCCACGCUGGAGACUUCCUGUGCCCGCUCCACGCUGGAGACUUCCUGCGCCCGCUCCACGCUGGAGACUUCCUGUGCCCGCUCCACGCUGGAGACUUCCUGUGCCCGCUCCGCGCUGGAGACUUCCUGCGCCCGCUCCGCGCUGGAGACUUCCUGCGCCCGCUCCACGCUGGAGACUUCCUGCGCCCGCUCCACGCUGGAGACUUCCUGCGGGGGCGUAACGGCGGGAACGGUGGUCGAGCUGCGGGUCUCUCUCUCCGAGCGCGGCGGCGACGGCGGUGGCGGUGGCGGUGGAACGGUCGCGGUAGUGUCCGCGCAAAGGGAGGGCAGUCCGGACCUGGACUCCGGGGGCUCGAAAGCCGAGCUCCUCGCCGAGGAGCCCCCAAAACAGCGAGGUGACCUGGUGACCCCCUCUUCAUGCUCUGUGGGUCAGGUGGAGCCGACCCUCCAGCACCCUGGCAAGGGCUGGGCGGGGGAGGAGCAGGAGAAAGAGGAGGAGGAGGAAGAGGAGGAGGAGGAGAGGGGGCGUGUCCUGAGUGAUCCUCACACGGAGGAGGGAGGCUCCAGUGCCUGCGUCUCCUUCGAAAUCUCGGCAGAGGGGGCCGAGUCGCAGGAGGAGCGGGACUCGGAGAGCGAGAGGGACCUCGGCAGACCCAGCAAGCACCGGGCGCGGCACGCGAGGCUCAGGCGCAGUGAGAGCCAAUCAGAGAAGCAGGUGAAGGAGGCCAAGUCUAAAUGUAAGCGCAUUGCUCUGCUUCUGACUGACGCCCCGAACCCCACCAACAAAGGGGUGUUGAUGUUCAAGAGGCGCCGACAGAGGGCCAAGAAGUACACGCUCGUGAGCUACGGGACCGGAGAGACCGAGCCCGAGGACGAGGACGAGGACGAGGAGGAAGACUACGAGGAAGCCGAGGACGACCGGGCCGUCGAGCUCACCUUGCUGGCCACCAGCGAGUCGGAGCUCAGCGAGGACUUCUCGGCGAACGCUCCGGGCCGAGGCCACGCUCCGGGGCACGACUGGGACGCCGCGCUGCUGGAGGUGGAGAGGAAGGUGGACGCCCAGGGAGACAUGGAGCAGCUGCCCGGGACGAAGGGCAAGGGGGCGCUGAUGUUCGCCCGCCGCCGGCAGAGAGUGGACGAGAUCGCGGCCGAACACGAGGAGAUGAGGCGGAAGGGGAUCCCCGUCGAGGGGUUGCCCGCGGAGGCCCAGGACGUCGCGGUCCCGAAGUCCCCCCAGGUUGAGGAGCACUCCUACACGAAGGCCUCCGUUCCCCAGCCCAACCAGACCUUCCAGCACCAACAGUACCAAGACCAGCAGCAGCAACAGUACGUCCCGACCCAACAACACCCUCAGGUGAUGAACGGCACGGCCCACCUCCACGCUAACGACUCGUCGAGGUCCCUUGUCCCAAACAGAACCGCUAAACCGUUCGCGGGAGUCCAGAACCGAGUGCCCGCGCCCUUCUCCCCCUCCCGAAGUGUUGCCAGCCAGCCGUUGCCGAGCUACACCGAGAAGUUCCGGGUGGUCCCGCCCCCUGUCCCCGUGAACACACGCCCCCAGGUCUGGUCACCAACGGGGGAGCUGAUCGCCUCUCGAGAUGAGCGCAUCUCCGUGCCGGCCAUUAAGAUACUACCGGACAGCCGAAAACGAGGUGCAGCCAAGUCCACCUUACAUACCAAAGUGUCACCAGACCCACUGUUCUCUAUGAGGGGAGACAGGAGGGCUGGCUUUGAAUCGGGCCCAGAAGAAGACUACCUAAGCCUUGGAGCUGAGGCUUGCAACUUCAUGCAAACCCCGACCGUCAGGUCCAAGGACCCUCCACCGGUUGCUCCGAAGCCAAGCAUCAAUCCAGCUUCUCCACCAUGGGCCACCGGGAACACCACCCAAUCCCCCUCGCACCAACCGCAAACUCAAAGCCCCCUACUUGGUCCUGUUCCUACGGCAAAGCCAACUCAGCCCCAGUCUCCAAGGCAACAUGCAUCAGUAACCCCCUGGACUCCACGUCAGGCACAGUCUCAGCCACCUAUGAACACUUGGACCCCACCCCAAUCUCAGGCCCAUCCUCAGCCACCUAAGAAUGCUUGGACCCCACCCCAGCCUCAGGCACAUCCUCAGCCGCCUAUAACCUCUUGGACCCCGCAGCCCCAGCAUGCGCCCGUGAGUACCGCAGCCACGACUCAAACCCACGCACCCCUUCAUCGGCCAACGAAGUCGUGGAAUCAGCCGGGAGUCCCCGCUCGGUCCGCGGUCUCUCGACCGAUGAACUCCUACCCGCACGCAACCAAGACCCCGCCCGCCGUCCGCGAUGGCUCCGCAGACGAAGGCCUCGAGAGGUCGGCCAUGAGGGGGAGAGGCGCCGAGCUCUUCGCGCGGAGGCAGGCCCGCAUGGAGAAGUUCGUGGUGGACGCCGAGACAGUGCAGGCUAACAAGGUCAAACCCUCAUCUCCAACGCCCUCUUUGCCCGGUUCCUGGAAGUUCUCCUCGAAUGUCCGCGCUCCCCCUCCCCUCUCGUACAACCCCAUUCUGUCCCCCUUCUACCCCCUCGCGGCUAUUAAGCAGCCCCCUCCCACCAGCCCCAAGGCGAAGGCCAAGAGUGCGGCCAAAACCCAGCCACCCCCAAAACACCUCAAUGCUGUGGAUGUGAUGAAGCACCAGCCCUACCAGCUAAACCCCUCCCUCUUUACCUACGAGGCAGGCCCAGAAGGGAAAAGCGCUUCUCCCAAACCUGCCCCGACCCCUGAUUCUAGCUUCACCUACAGCCCUUCCCCUGUCCCCACCCCUUCCCCUGUCCCUGCCCCCACGCUCGCCCGUGGGGUUUCCAAAGUCCAGCCUCCAGGACCGGUAAGUGUUCCGUACCCUUUCGCCCGCCAGCGGCUGUCCCCGGAAUCCCAGCAUUCCCUGUCACCCGCAGUGCAUGAUGGUCUCUUAUACCAAGCUCCUGCCAGCCCUCACGCCCAACCCCCCAGCGCCUACACCCUCCCCAGCUUCUUCCUGCCCCCCAAGGCCGCAUCCAUCACCGGGGUCCCCUCGGCCCCCCGUCCCAAGUUCUCCGCGAAAAAGUCUCUGUUGGCGACCAAGACGUGGAAGCCAGUUGUCAUGGGGCAGUAAUGACUUCUGCUGAACGGGUGGUGCACACUUAGCUUGACGUUGCAAGCGGUGAAGUCACGUGCACAGACACGGUCACCUUUAUGCAUAUGUGUUCUCCAGGAAUUGGUCUUCAAGCUUUGCAGCCUUGGCCAUAACCUUGAUUCAAACAAGAAAUGAAAAAAAAUAACGUUGUAUGAAGAUUAGCAGGAAACACUCUAUUUGUAGCUGACAAUCUUUGUAAAUGCUGACCUAAAAGCUAAUUUGUAACGUGUCAUUGUGUGAGGAUUAGCAUAGUGAAACAAAUUUAGAUCUCUGAAAGCUAUAUCAGAACUAAUUUGAGAUAAGUCAUCAAUGGAUGCCUGGAUAGCCUGUAGUAUUAGCAGUUAGUUUUCGGCAUAUUUCUGCAAGUCUCCCCCAAGUGUGAAUAUGAUUGUAGCACUCGCUUUUCUGUGCAAAAUUAUUGCUUUUAAAUUUAAGAUUAUUUGCUCUUUCUCUACAGUAUUGUCGCCUGAAAAUGCUGAAAUACAUCGUCUUAAUUUUGUAUAUUGAAUACAAAAGGCAAUAUUGCAGUUGCUUAACUAUUUCAGAAGACUGGAGUAGUGAACACUUUGUAACAAGCAUGAGAGUGUACUUUCAUGCACUGUCAUUGAGGUCAGUGUAAGCAUACGUGACGUGAUAAAUAAUAUUUUGUGAACCUAUGGAUUCUUAAUGCCUCUGUGAUUUAACAGAGCGUUUUUAUGGUAAUGGUCUGAGAAAAAUUUGCAAGUUAGCAUUAGCAAGGGAAAGUCAGCUUCGGCCAAUGGAUGUGUAAGAAAGAAGAAUAUGAAAAUUGAAAACUGUUUGUAACAAUAUUAUGUAGACAUAAAUAUGAGUACUACAGAAUAUUAUUUUCAUCACUGGAAGUCCACAUUACAUAAGGAGUCAACAUUACAGUUUUAAAUUAUGUCUUACUCCUAAACUGAAGACACGCACGCAUGCACAUAAACACACACACACACAUGCAAGCACACACACACACACACCCACACACACACACACAAUCAGGAAAAUCAAAGGUUGCUCAUUGAAGUAAAAGCAGUUGAGGUUAGAACAAUCAUUACAGGAGAAACCGAGUGAACUACAGGAAGAAAACUUGAGAAGGAACUCAUGUUUCUUUCGAUGAACAGCGGUGACCACGUCUCACCCUCAGGUCCGAUAUGAUCAGCGCAGCUUUGAACCUUUUUCAAGCUGUGAGGUCACAAAUGCCCCUUAUCUUUCAGCUGCACUAUGACACUGGCAAUUAGGGCAGCAGUGUUCUUUUCUUGUUAUUAGGGCUU